CUAUUAUUUAGCUUCAUCCACAAGCACAACGCCCACCUUUCGUUGAUUUGUGAAGUUUAAAAGAUCAGGCGUGGCGUGUUACGUAACUCAUAUAUCUGUAAACAGUUGGACACACUGGACACUGUACACUACAACCUUACCACUUGCAAGCUAGAUCCCAGUAGGUCAAGAUUAAAUGGUGUACAUUGACGCUUGGUUAGGUCCACCUGUGAGCUCGCCUGCUCAGAAUUAAACCAAUCUGUGGGGUGUACGUGAACUUGGGAUUAAGUGCAGUCUAAUCAUUCUGUAUUCAAUGGAUUACAUUCGGAUCGAAGGUGUCCUGAUACUUCCUGCUAGAGUGGACGGGUCACCUGAUGUCUUUCAAUGUCCAUGUUUUACUCUAGUCAAACCAAGCUGGGUCCCAGACGACAACGCCAGACACUGUGAACUGUGCUCCACCAAAUUUACUCAGCUAAAACGACGUCAUCACUGCCGCAUGUGUGGUGCUGUUAGGUGUGGCAAGUGCUGCAAUGAGAAGAUUCCUUUGCCACAACUUGGUAUUGAAGAUGCUGAAAGAGUCUGUGACUCCUGUAGGACCGUGACAGAGCUUGUAACAAAGUCAAGGUCAUCUAUUGAAACCUAUCUAACAGACUCGGCCAAAGGCUUGGCCUCGUUUGCAAAACACGACAAACAUUUGAAAAAGCUGAUUGAACUCGGAGGCAUGCAGGCUCUCAUCACACUCGCAUCUACAGACAAUAGCAACGUUCUGAGUCACGUGGUAUCCGGUCUCCAGUCUCUAUCCACACACACAGUUCUACAUCGCUAUUUAGCAGACGCAGGAGCCAUUAAAGCUAUUUGCAAAAUUCUGAGUACAGUGGGUGACAGCAAUGAGCAAAUAGCACUGGAUGGUAUCAGCUCUCUGAAAACAUUUUGUAGCGUGGCCAACCUUAAAGCUAAAGCUUUGAGUGACGGUGGCAUGCAGCCAGUUCUCAACCUGUGUUGGUCAAGGAACGACUCUGUGGUCAUCAUGUCCGUGCACACACUCAGUCAGAUAGCAGAUAAUACCAACACACACCCGGCAAUCUUUGACAGCAAGAUGAAUAUAGUGCCACGUCUGCUGCAGCUGUCGUCUUGCAGUGAUGAACAGGUUCAGGAAGUGGCUCUCAAAGCGUUAGCCAUCUUGUCGACUGGUUUACCUCAACACAAACAUCGCAUUGUACAGGAAAAUAUCAACGCAGAGAAUUGUCUGCUUAGAGUAUUGGAGAGCAAUCCUAAUAAUCCUCAAAUAUUAUGCAACAUGGCUUGUCUGUUGGCCAAUUUGGCAACCAAUAGUGAAGACCAGGCAUCACUUCAAGGCAUGAUGUUUGUCGCAUGUCAAAAGUUGCCGUCUGCUGAGGCCAACACUGAGCUGCUGUGUCAUCUUACUAGAGCUCUUGCCAACUUUGCAAUUUAUAAAAUUAAUUUAAGUUAUCUGAUUAACUAUGUCGUGGAUAUUAUUCGCUAUGGUCUGAAGUCUUCAACAGUACCUGUCCAAUCACAGAGUAUGAGAUUGCUGCUCAGUCUGCUAGUUGCUUCACCGGCCAGGAUGGCUUCUUUACUCAUUAGUGAAGGAGGCACUACAUUCUUCACUCAACUUGGUCAGCUGAAUGGUUUGAUGGACGCUGUACAGACUUCACUGGCCAACGAUGCUCCUGCCAUAGCCAAACCAUUGUAGCAGCUGAACGGUGGACACGUCACUGCGGUGAUACCAUAAAACAAACAAACUGAACCUUUCAUGAACAAAGUUGAACUGUAACAAUACCUUAAUUUAUUGACAGGGUUGAACAACGAUUUAUUUAUUUAUUCUGUCCAUUAUGUGUUCUUUUAAUUCAUUGAAUUUUCGUUUAGCGCUUCAACUGCAUCAAAAUAAUUCACAUUAACUUGGUGUACAUGUGUUUGCAUAUAAUACUUCUUCAUCCUCUGCAGCUCUAUUUUUUUCCGCGGAUGACGUUUCAGUGCGUUUAAGUGGACUUAAAGAAAACAAUAGGAUCAUUUGCUUCAGAUGUGGCUGUAUAUGUAAGUCCCAGUAACCACGUUAAAUUCUGAUGCGGCUGUAAUCAUAUAUUUAAGUCCCAGUAGCCACGUUAAAUUCUGAUGCGGCUGUAAGCAUAUAGGCCUAUGUAAGUCCGAGUAGCCACGUUAAAUUCUGAUGCGGCUGUCAGCAUAUAUGUAAGUCCCAGUAGCCACGUUAAAUUAUGAUGCGGCUGUAAGCAUAUAUGUAAGUCCCGGUAGCCACGUUAAAUUCUGAUGCGGCUGUAAUCAUAUAUGUAAGUCCGAGUAGUCACGUUAAAUUCUGAUGCGGCUGUCAGCAUAUAUGUAAGUCCCAGUAACCACGUUAAAUUCUGAUGCGGCUGUAAUCAUAUAUGUAAGUCCGAGUAGUCACGUUAAAUUCUGAUGCGGCUGUAAUCAUAUAUGUAAGUCCCAGUAGCCACGUUAAAUUCUGCAAAACAUUAGCACUUGAAAACAUGCCACUUUUUAGCAUCAUUAACAAAAGUAAAAUUUGCCUUUCAGACCUGACGAGGGCAUCGGUUUCUUUGGCCAACGGUUUACAAGCAGGGUAUCAUGUGGCCAACACAACGACCAACCACCUUUACUUUCCUCAAUUUAUGUCAGCUACCCAUUAGGGUUGGGUGGGCUCGAGGGUACCAUAAAAACCUCGAAAUUCAAAAUCCCAGUCCUCACCGAAAUUCGAACCCAGGUUCGAAAGCCAAGCGCUUAACCAGUCGGCAACCGCUCCCUCUAUCAUCAUCACUCUGACUAAAAAUGUCUUUGUCAAUUUAAAACUAAGGACAGAUGGCCUAACUGCUAUUUGAGUGACUAUUACAAUACAGAUUACAUCUAAAUGUCUAUAUAGUCCUACAUUUGAAGAAAAUCCUACAUAAUCGUCUUCUGUUCAAAUGGGCUUUCAGACUAAAGUAGACCUCUAAACAAAGGAAUUAGAAGCAUUGCUGGCACAUUUUGUAGGCCCUAGAUAUUUUAAAUUCACAGUCCGCGUGAGAUGAGAACAUGUCAGAGACUUGCUUCAAAUAUCUGCAUCACUUUGACUUGAACCAAAGAAUGAGAGCUCUAGCUGGUAGAGAUUCAAAGCACGUUGUUCUUACUAUUAUAAGCGCUGACCUUAUACAAGUUAGUUCAAUCUGAUUAUUCAACGCUGUAAAUAGAAAGAAGGCCUAAGUCAGUCUGUGCACAAGUAGAGGCAAUGUCUGAGACUAGAAGCAUUUCAAAGUAUAGCCUCUAUGCCUAGCUCAAAAGUCAUGACAGAGCCUAAAACGUUUCAACAAGUCAUCUUUAGGCAAGUCAUCUUUAGGCAAAUCAUCUUUAGGCAAGUCAUCUUUACGUUUUGCUAUUCCCUUGUCUAGCGAAGGGUAAAUCUUGAACCUAAUAGAUGUCUUUAUGCCUAAGGUGGAUUAAGUUCAAAUGACGCAGAGAGCAGUGUAGACAGGAAGGCCGUAUGUUUUUCCUCGAAUCCCUUUGUCUUCCACAUGCUAGGCUGCAGAACAAUCACAGCCAAAUGUAUUUUAUGUAAUUAAUGUAAUUAUCGUUUUGGGUAUAAGUACUCUAAGGGUUAAAAUGGAGUUGUAAGUUCCAUGCCAGCGCACACACACACACAUAUAUAUAUAUAUAUAUAUAUAUAUAUAUAUAUAUAUAUAUAUAUAUAUAUAUAUAUAUAUAUAUAUAUAUAUAUAUAUAUAUAUAUAUAUAUAUAUAUACACACAUAUACAUACAUACAUACAUACAUACAUAUAUAUACAUAUUGUUAUAGACGUGCACCACUUCACUAUAAUAAUUGUAUCUUAUACACAAGUGGACAUUAAAAUAAGCUUUACCCAUUUCAAGAUAAAUUAUACUUUAUUAUAUUAUUUAAUUAUUUUUUUUACAUAGUUCACGCGUACUUCAGAGUGUGUGAUAGAGAGAAGAGAGCAUCAACAUGAAAUUGUCUUAUGUAUAUAAUUUGUUAUAAGUUAUUAAUUUCAAUAAAAGUGUAUUACUAUAGUAAAGUUUAUUUUGCUUAGACCAAGACCAGCAUUUUGUGUAUUUCAGUCAAGAAACAGUUUUCUAGUUAUUUUUGCUUUAUUCUUGACCUGCCCCAGAGGCCCCAGGCAGAGGCCCCAACAUCACUUCACUUCAUUUGCAUUUGAAUUCUAAAAGUCAUUGUUUCUAAAUUUAUAAUAGUGCAAACAUGUUUUUAAAAAAAGCACAGCGAUCUUUAUAAUAUAAAUAAAUAAAAUGUAUAUUUUGUACUGCUUUUGUUUUUCAAAAAUAAAAAAAAAAACAUUUAAUUUUUUUUAAAUAAUAAUUAUAAACCUUUUUAUGUCUAUAAAUGUGCAUUCAGAUCUCAUUAUAAUUAUAAGAUAAUAAUAAAAGCACUGGUCAUUUUGAAGUUUUUCUUAAUUAAAAGCUGAGUGGUAUGUUUUAUAUUUCUUUUUAACACGCAGACACCUCUUAGCUUAUACCAAUCACAUUUAUAUUAUUUCAUAUUUGUAUAGUCUAUCGUUGCAUAAAAAUAUAAGAAAUGUAAAAGUGAUAAUUAAAAGACUUAGUAGUGACAAAGAUCCAAUAA